UCGACGCGCGGGCGAGACGUGUGAUUUACCGCACUGACUAGCGCCUCCCACCCUCGCCAUAAUAGCUCGGCGGUAGGCCUACAACGAAGCCCCAUUCUCCAACUCCUCUGCUCCCUUCCCGCAGCCUGAGCGCCGCUAGGCGGCAGGCCUGCAACGAGGUGGGGGAGGCAGAUCCGGUCUCACCUAAGGUGCAGGCGCGUCGGCGGGAUCAGGGGCGACAGCUACGGCUCACGGGUGCAGGCGGUGUGCUGAGACUCAUCAGAACAAAUCAAUUCGAAUCCCAAUCGAAAACCGGAUAAUAAUACCACGCAGCCAUGACACGGGUUGCAUGUAGAGUUUCUUUUAAAAAAUUAGUGGUCUCAUAUAAAUAUAGAUAAAAUUUAUAUUACUCGUAGCAACGAAACAAUAUACUAAUAAAUUGAAAUAAGCUGAAAGCACACAACCCAAAUCAUAUUGAUCGAGAUACGAACGGUCUAGAUUUCCAAGCAGUCUUGGGAGACCCCCGAUGUGAUGUCAUCCGACCAAUGGGAGGCGCCCCAACACCGGAUCUCCGGGCCCACUUGCCGUAGCCUUUCUAAAGUCCUCCCUGACAAUCAUUAAAUUAGCAAACAAGUGCCACUCCAGAUGGAAAUCAGGCCGCAAUUAGAAAAAUUGAAAGUCUAUGUACUUAAGCGAAAAUAUGUUCCCGAUGCAUAUAAAUCCAGGAACCAACCCCCACGAUUUCGAAAAUUCGAUCACAAACUCCCCCUUUCCGGCUUUCCCUGCUGCUGUUGCUGCUGCUCCUCCACCUCUGGAAGCAUCGAUCUCUCUCUCGAGCCAUGGCGAAGGCAAGGGCACACUCGUCGAAGCGAACCACCCAUCACCUCCUACUCGCGGUUUCCCUCUCUGUUUGCGUUCUCCUCCCGCUGCUCUUGCCGGCGGCGGCAACCGCCGCGGUGGCGGUGGCGGAGGGGGAUGGGGAGAUCAAGUCGGCGCUGGGGGCCGGGAGGCAGUGGGUGACCGGGAAGGACGAGGUGAAUCUGGUUGCGGAGGGGGAUACUGCUCGAGUCGGUUCGGUGGAGGAGGACGAAUUCGCUGGUGGCUUCGGCUCCCUCGACAGCAUGCUGCAGUGGGCUAUCGGAAAUUCUGAUCCGGAGAAGCUGAAGGAGGAGGCAGCUGAUGUGCAGAAAUUGUCUGCAGAUGAGCUGCUGAAGCGGCGUCAGGAGAUCAAGGAGUUGAUGGAGAAGUUAAAGAUGCCAUCAGACGCUGACUUAAUGAAAAUUGCAAUUGCUGACUUAAAAAACUCUUCCAUUUCUCUGGAGGAUCGCCAGCGUGCAUUGCAGGAACUUUUAGUUCUUGUUGAGCCCAUUGACAAUGCUAAUGAUCUUGACAAACUUGGGGGUCUUCUUCCUGUGAUUCAAGAGCUUAAUAAUGCAAAUGAAGAAAUACGGACCACCUCUGCAUGGGUCCUUGGUACAGCCAGUCAGAAUAAUGCACUUGUACAAAACCAGAUCCUCGGUUAUGGAGCUUUGGUGAGGUUGGUGAAGAUGGGGUAUUCGACAUCUACAGAAGAAGCUGCAAAAGCAUUAUAUGCUAUAUCUGCUUUGAUCAGAAACAAUGUAAAUGGUCAAGAGGCAUUCCAUUCAGAAAAUGGGGGUUCAAUGUUGCAGCACAUAUUGGUGAGCAACAGUAUUGAUGUUAGGCUACAGAAGAAAGCAGUGUUUUUAGUAACAGAUCUGGCAGACUUUCAGCUAAAUUCUGGAAACCCACAAUUUCCUUUCUUAAGUGACCGCCUUUUCUUGAAGUCAAUGGUUGAUAUGUUGUCAAACUUUGACCUAGAUCUUCAUGAAAAGGUCUUGUUGGCCAUUAAGAGUCUGCUGAAACUUUCCUCAACUGAUGUGGAGGAUUUUGAGUUCUAUGACCUCGAGGGUGUUCUGCUCAGACUAGGGGUACAGUUGGAGGAUUUGACACCAGAGGAUCAAAAGGAGUUCGCUGCGGAGGUUGAUGGCCUUCGAAGGGAAGUUCAGACGCUCUUCCAACAGAAGCUCAAGCAGGGUAAAGCGACUGCGACAUGAUAUUUGGAAAGCCACCAGAAGAUUUGCCCUUUUGGAUGCAGUAUAAUCCAUCAUUUUUUGUGGGAUUCUAAUGUUACAGACUUACAGUUAGAUGGGCAGGUUUGGGUCCCCUUUUCUUGCAGUAUUCAGGAAUGACCAGUCGGAGUCGGAGGGGCGGGAGGAAUGUCAGGUAGUAAUGUCGUGGUGUUGUAGUAUAUGAUGGACAUGAUAGGUUUUUGGAUUGUUGGAAAAAUAGACAACUGUAAGUUUAAAUUCCGAACUAGAUUUAUCAUGACGAGAAUUAAACCUA